AUGGCGGAGCAAGACCUCGGGAGUCUUCUCGCCCCUCUCCCCCCCUCGCCCAUCAAAGGAAAUGCAGACUUGGACGCACGGGCGUGUACCGAGGGCGAGGGCAACCAGUACAAGGAGGAAGUGCCCGCCACCAAAGCAAACCGCUUGUGGUAUCAAGGGCACUCGGCGUUGACGGUGUUGAAGGAGGAGCGGAAGCGCGACCUGCGGCAACUGGAACUCACGCAGCAGGCGAAGAGCUUGUCGGAUGAGUCGUACACGACGAUUCCAGCGGUGAAGGCAGCAGAGGCCAAACGGUUUGAGCUGUUGAACGAGGCCUCGCGUCGUCGACACGAGUCGUCGCUCUUGCGGAUCGCGGCAAGACUCAGGGACUUUCGGGGGCACGGUGGUUCCGAGCGAGAUUCAAGGGGGGUGCACGAGAGGGACUGGAUCACGUCGGAAGAGGACCUCAAGGAUGAGCUCAUCAAGUGGAUGAGGACACAGGAGCGCCUUACGGUGAACCUUCCCGUGUCCAUGGCCACAACCCACUCCUGGAUGAUCGUGCCGGGGUGCAAGUACGAGCGGGCUACGAAGUCUUUCUACACGGACGGCCACGAGAAGAAGGACGUGGUGGUGUACCGCGGCAAGUACAUCGACGUGAAGCGGAAGCUCGCCCUUCGGCAACCGUUGUGGGUGCGAGUUCAACGAGACACUCUGACGCCGGAGGAGCUUCAGCGGCUUGACGGCAUCAAAGGUCCGGCGGAGGAGUUCGGCGCAGAGGNACCAGGUGAACCUUCCCGUGUCCAUGGCCACAACCCACUCCUGGAUGAUCGUGCCGGGGUGCAAGUACGAGCGGGCUACGAAGUCUUUCUACACGGACGGCCACNGGUGAACCUUCCCGUGUCCAUGGCCACAACCCACUCCUGGAUGAUCGUGCCGGGGUGCAAGUACGAGCGGGCUACGAAGUCUUUCUACACGGACGGCCACGAGAAGAAGGACGUGGUGGUGUACCGCGGCAAGUACAUCGACGUGAAGCGGAAGCUCGCCCUUCGGCAACCGUUGUGGGUGCGAGUUCAACGAGACACUCUGACGCCGGAGGAGCUUCAGCGGCUUGACGGCAUCAAAGGUCCGGCGGAGGAGUUCGGCGCAGAGGUUUACGAUUGCGUGGUAGAGGGGCGCGAGAGCAUCGAGUUCCACGUCGAUCUCGUGCGGGACAACGACUCCGUCGAUCGAUUCGACGCUCUCCGUGCUGAACUUGGACCGGAAGGGGGGCACUUCAGCGCGUAUGCGCGCGAGGGCAAGGAGUGGGUUGUCCAAGGGGUACGCGGCUUACGGAAGAAAACCGAGGGCCCGGGAGAGAUGGUGCCUGCAUUUCAAGAUGAGAGGCACGGCUUUGGCUUGCCGUUGACGGACGACGUGCUCCAGGCGGUGAACGCGCGUCGCAAGGAGAAGGGCAAGGAAGUCCUGACACAACGCCCUGACCUGCGGUUUCUCCAGUACUGGAAGAACAGGGAUGGAUACCGAGGAUACGACGAGUUCAAGGAACAGAUCGAGGACGUCUUGGACGUCUUAAACGUCUUCGAACCCGACAUGCAAGUGGUGGUUGAGAUCGACCACUCUUCGGGGCACACAAGGAAGCGGGAGGAUGGAUUGCAUGUGGGGAACAUGAAUGUCAAGUACGGGGGGAAGCAAAAGGUGUUACGGGAUACAGUCAUUACAGAGUGGUGUUUGGGACCGGAAGAGGGGAAGAUGUACCUCUCCAACGGCAAGUGGAGCACGGAGUUCCCCGAGGGGGCAGAGGUCUACGACAUGAAGCUCAAGGUUGGCGACACGCAGACCAGCACGUUUGCGGAUGGUUCUCCACCUCCCUUUUACGAGUGGGAUGCGCCGGGCAAGGAUGUGAAGGUCGCGCGCAAGGCGAAGCGAAAGAGCAAAGCGGGAGCGGGGGUUGGUGCAGGCGAUGAAGGGGCGGCUGAUGGGGCUGGAACAAAGCCUAGGGAAAAGAUUCAGGAAAGGUACGAAGGGAAGGCACAGGGCUCGAAGCAGUCCCUGGGGGAACGGGGAUGGUGGAAAGAGGGGAUGAAUGCGUCAGUGGGGAUCGCUGACGAGAAGAACAUCGAGAAAGUCUUGCAGGCACUGACGGCUUUAGAGAGUAAGAGGACGGCGCUGCAGUACUUGGCCGAGAGCAGGGGACACAUACUUUUGUUGUCUCCGUAUCACCCAGAGGUAGCGGGGGUAGGGAUCGAGUACUCGUGGGGGUUUUCCAAGCAGAGGUUUCGGCGGAAGUACAACGACGAAGUCCCGAAGCACUUGCACGCCAACAUCGAAAAAUCGAUGUGCACGAAAAAGGAUUUGACGAUCGGUCGGGUGCGAGGCUUCGCCCGGCGUACACGAGACUACUGCCGAGCUUAACGCGAAAUACAGCUGGGUGCAGUAGACGGCCAGGGUCUAAAGCUGGUCGAGAAAAUGCGCGACACCCAAAAGGCUCACCGCAACAUACUGGACAUGGAGCCUCGGUAACCUGGUUGCCGAGUUCACGAAGUGAAUUGGCUUGUUUUACAACGUCUUUGCCAAACGACGAAAACCGAAUCCCGAUGGCAAACACCGGGGGGGGCGGCUUGUUUUACAACGUCGUUGCCAAGCGACGAAACCCAAUCCCGAUGGCAAACACCGGGGGUGCACCGGGGGGGGGGUACAUUGUACUGUAGAGAGUUACAUACACAUGUUGUUGAAGAUUGUAUAGUUGUAUAUUUUACGCAGCGUGGGUAUUGUCGUUGGCUUUGCAUUACAGGUAUAGCAUCGGUGUGGUUGUGUGCAAACCAUCGAGCGGUGCUACCGUGAAAACCUGCUUUUUUUCCGGUCGAGUUGAGACAUAUUUGUUUGAGUUAGUGCGCGCGCAUUUUGGCGUCGUGAGCUUUAAAUACAUGUUUCACAUCAUCACGCCCAGUAGGUACAACUCAUGUACGUCAUGGGCUGGAAGGCAGCGCCAGUGUGGCUCCUCCCAACUACACCGCUUUCGCACACGUCUCUACGAUUCCUAGACCCCUCAUUUUCCUAUAUAAAUGGUGGGCCCUUCCACCCAGGUUCUGAGGCCAGAACAAAAUUCUGGAUUUCCCGCGCGGUUUUUCGAACUAGAACCUGAAAGUUUGAGACGGUAUCUGCAUGAGUACAACAAAACCCAAAGCCACUGCGCCAUUUGGAUU